UACAUGAAAUGAAGGAUGGAGGCAUAUUUGAAGUGUAUCACUUGAACGUGCUGUUUGUGUGUGAUGUUUCGCUAGACAUAAAAUACCCCCUGUAUUUUUCUAUUCGAAGGGUACGACACAGACUUCUAGACAUGUUUUGUGGUUAUCAAGAAGGGGAUUUUCUGUUGCCUAAAGGCGGAGCAAAGCUAGCCUCUCUCUUUGAACUGGAUCAGGCUGCCAGUCAGGGCAACGAGUCCUUCCAGUUCAGAGCCCCCAAACAGCCGAAGAAAACCCCCACCGCUCUGAGCCCAUCUCCUCAAAAGCCUGCACCAACUCCUUCUGUCCUUUUGGCUACUGCUGUUCAUGCAUUCCGUUUUGUGAAUGGCCAGUACACAAAACAGGGGAAGGUGGGAGCUGCUAUCCUGGGAAAUCAUCCAACCAGAGAGUACAUGAUCCUGCUUUAUGGCAGCGAACAGAAACCAAUCACAACUGCCAAGAUCCAUCUAGGAUUCAUCUUCACAGUUCAGCCAGGUAACUAUGGAACAUUCUACGAUGACCUGAGGCACAACUGGUCCCUGAUGUUUGAGUCUGAGAAAGCUGGAGUGGACUUUUGCAAAGAGCUGUGUGUGGCCAGAUGGAACAGUGAGACCACUGUAGAUACACUACUGACCCAGGACCUGCUGUUAGGAGAGGGACCAGCAGUGGACUAUGGUGACACGGUAGAGGUGGCCUUCACAGGCUGGCUUCUACAGAACCACAACAUCGGACAGAUGUUUGACUCCAACGUGGGCAAAGACAAGCUGCUGAGAGUGAAACUUGGCACUGGCAAAGCCAUUAAGGGAUUGGAGGACGGGAUGUUAGGGAUGCAGAAAACUGGGCGUCGCCUCCAUAUUGUGCCCCCCACCCUAGGCUAUGGGUCAAAGGGCAUCCCCAACCACGUCCCCUCCUCCAGCACACUGGUCUACAAUGUGGAGAUUCGCCGGGUGAAGUUUGCUAAGGACAGUGGGUCGGAGCGACAGAGUGGGCGAUUAACCACCAACUCUCCCUCCCCAAGUGUGGACAGUCUGGGCUUUGGGAUGUCCCCUCAGUCUCAGCCCCCCAGCUCUAUCCCAGCAGAGCCCAGGGGAAAGCCUCUGAAUGUGAAAUCCAAUUCAAUAAAUGAGCAACUGAUGCUGUCGGAUACAGCCAAAGCCAAGUUGAUCUCUCAUAUGGCCAAGAUGGGUCAGCCCAUGCUGCCCUUCCCAACAGGAGCCAUCUCCGCCCAGCCAGACCACAGUGACUCCAAGACAGAGGACCCAAGUGAAUCUCACCCUUCACAUCACUGUCUGUUCCCCCAGCCCGUCCAGAUGUCAGCUGCACCCCCUGUCCAUGCAGUGCCUGAGGUCGUUGUGCCAACUGCUGCCCAGCAACCAGUGUUUAUGGAGACAGUGGUCCCACAGGCUGUGGACUGUGGUGGGAGCAGUCAUGCCUUCCAGCCAUACCCAUCCUUUCAGUCUGCCUUUGGUCCGUCCUACCUUGGUCAGUUCCACCCUCAUCAUGCAGUUUCAUACCAGGCACCUAGUGAUGUCCCUUCCUUGUUGAUGACAGAGGUGCGACAGCACAACACUGAGAUCGGACAGGCUGUGGGGAAAAUGGCAGAUAAAAUCAAUCUGUUGGUCUCCAAGGUGGAUGAGCUCCAGAAGCAUGGUGGCGGCAACUCUCUGGGUCUGUCCUCGGUGUCCAUGGAAACAGCCAUGAUCCUGCACAACAUCCAGAGAAUCACCCAGGAGAACUUGUUUCUAAAGAAGGAGGUUCUGGAGAAGAGCACCCGAGUGGAGGAGCAGAACUGGAAGAUCAGAGAACUCCUCGAGCAGAACCAGAGGUGUAUGGAGCAGAGUAGUUUACUGUUGGAACAGAGGAAAGAUGUGCUGAAGACCAGCAACCAACAGGACCAGACCAGCCUGCUGGAGGCAGAGCAGGACAAGGUAGGAAAGAGCAGAGGAAACUUACUACACUCACACAGCGCAGGAGAGGGAGAGAGAGUCUCAUAUGCACACACACUUAAGUCCCUCCCCCCACCUCUCUCUCUGUGUCUCUCUCCAUCUCAGCCGCACCUGACAGAGUACCUAGCCGCCUCCACCCUGGUCUCCAAGCUUCAGCUGGAGUCGUCCUCUCUGCAGCGCUCUGUCUCUGACCUGCAGACCCAGCUCAGCCAAGUCCUGCAAGACAGGGACAGCCACUGUACUCAGUUCAGCUCAUUAGAGAGACUAGUAGAAGGGCUAAGGAAGGGGGAGGGGAGGGUGCAGGCCCAGUGGCAUACAGAGAAACUGAAACAUAAAGAGAUUCAGCUGACAAUCACCAACACGGAGGAGGAGCUACAGGACCUGAGGGCUGGGAAAGGCAACCUGGACAAGAUGCUGUCGGAGAGGAAGAGGACGUGGCAGUGUGAGCAUCAGCGUCUGUCUGAGGAGUUGGAGGAGGCGAGGAGAAGCAGCCAGAAGGAAACUGACCACCUGAGGGCCAGGAGAGGAGAAGUAGAUCAGGGGGAACAGGUGGUUCUGGAUAUGGACUGGCAGCAUGGUGGGUAUGAGAAGGAACUACAUAGCCAUGAGCUAGCAGAAAUCACACAGCAGAGAGACAUUCUGGCCAGGACACUGUCAGAACUACAGGAACAGUAUAUGGCAGCACAGAGCAGGGCAGAGACCACCAGGAAGCAGCUAGAAAUGCUAUUGGUUGAGCAGGAGAAGAGGCAUGCCCAGCAGCCCAAUCAGGAUGCAAUGGCAGAACAGGUGAAGAGAGUGAUGAACGGAGUGUUCCAUUCUCUGAGAGGGGAGUUCGGCCUGCACCAGUCAUACCAAGGAAGCGAUGUCCUAGGAGUCAUGCUUAGCACCAUCAAGAGUGUCACCCUGGAUCUGCUAACAGCCCACAAUCCAGAGGAAGAAGAAAAGGUGGAAGAGGAGAAAUGGACAAAAGCUGUAGAGUAAAAUAGGAGGGAUGAUGAUGAUACAGAGAUGAAUCGAUCCAAUGGAUCAAUACAAGAAAAAGAGGACAGUGGAGUUACUCAGACAGCCUGGACCUCUAUUGUUAGGUCCUUGUGGUCUGAGGCUCAAGUGGAGGAAGAGUCCAUCAAUUCGGAAGGCCUAGAAAACAAGGCUGAAGACACACCAAGUACAUCCAGAGAAGAAACACCUUCUAAGGCUUGAACUGGCUCAGAGAAUGGCCCAAUGCAAUCAUCUCUCAUGGUUCUUAUUGAGGAAAUGUCUUGUCAAGUACAGCCUCUCGCAGUCCAAAUUGACCAAUCAAAGUAGAUGGAAGCUGUACCUCCCCCACCAUUGUUUAAUGGAAGCUAUACAAAUGCAUUUAUUAAUGUCCACAUUUGUUUUAUACCAUGUUUAUUCAUUAAAAAAAACAUUUUUAUUUAAACUGCCUACCCUGGCUAAACCCUAUAACGACGCUGGGCCAAUAGGGACUCUCAAUCACGGCCAGUUGUGAUACAGCCUGGAAUUGAACCAGGGUCUGUAAUGACGCCUCUAACACUAAGAUGCAGUGCCUUAGACUGCUGCGCCACUCGGGAGCCCCUAUUAAACACCUUAUUUUGAAAGUGAGAUUUUCUUGGACAGUAUAACACAGUAUGUUCUGGGAAGCUACAAAAUAUGUUUUACAAGCCUCAUCCCUACAACUUCAUAAAAUAUUUGUUUUUUGUCUUGUAGUUCAGGACUUCAUGUCUGAAUUAAAUGAUCACUUUCGCAUUUUUGAUUUGC